AUGACUACCACGAAGCCAGCCAUCAAGGCCCUCAAACCUUCAACAAUCGCCAGUACAGGACCGUUCGCGCACGUCACGCAUACGGAUGGCCCGGCAAGAAUCGUUUACACUUCCGGCAUGGUCGGCCAGUUCCAGGACGGCAGCAUCGCCGACUCGUACGUCGAGCAGAUCAAGCAGAGCCUUGUCAACCUGAAACACUGCCUCGACGCCUCCGGUGCAGGUGUCAAGGACAUUCUGAAAUUGACAUAUUACAUUGUCAACUACGACCCGAACAACCGGCGCCAUGCUGGUUUGAUAUUCGAGUGGCUUGAAGGGCACAGGCCUGCAACAGCUCUUGUUCCUGUCCCGUAUCUGGCCAACCCAAAGUUUCUGUUUGAGAUCGAGGCCGUGGCUGCUGUGCGGGACCCGGCAUUAGAUGCACCCAUCCCAGCUCUUGUACCUGGGAAGACCGAGAAGUUUGACGUCGUGGUCGUCGGGGCGGGUCUGAGUGGACUGCAAGCGGCGUACGAUCUGCAGAAAGCAGGGCUGAAGACUGUUGUCCUCGAGGCCCGUGAUCGCGUAGGUGGUAAGACCUGGACGGUCCCGACGGCCAGCGGGAAGGGACAGAUCGAUCUGGGAGGUGCGUGGAUCAAUGACAGCAACCAGUCGAGAAUGUGGGCGCUCGGCCAGAGGUUCGGGAUGGAGUAUAUCGUGCAGACCACCCAGGGUGAUUGUGCGUUGCAAGAUUACGGACGGUUCCCGUUCGGCCAGCUUCCUCCGUUCGAGGGCAAAGAAGAACUGGACAAUUUCGUCAUGUUUCGAGAUUUGGUCGAGACUCGUUGCCAGACCAUCGACGUCGAAAAGCCAUGGGUGGGCGGCAAGCAUUACGAUUCGAUGACCUUUGAGGAAUUCGCGAAGCAGUCGGGCGCCUUGCCCAAGACUGUAGAGUAUGCGAAUCUGUGGAUCCGGGCAAUGCUGGGCGUCGACGGAUCCGAGAUCUCAGCCCUGUACUUCCUGCAUUACUGCAAGAGUGGCGGCGGGUUCGUGCAGAUGAGGUCGGACGGCAAGCAUGGAGGGCAACACCUUCGCAGCAAGACUGGCUCGCAACCAUACUCCGAAGGCCUGGCCUCACUAUUGACACCAGGUUCAGUGUUGUUGUCGUGUCCAGUCUCAUCGAUCCGGCAGAACGCCGCCGGUGUCCUGGUUUGCACGACAAACAACCUCACCAUUCGCGCCAGGAAAGUCAUCGUCUCCGUCCCGACGCCGCUGUACCGGGACAUCACCUUCGCACCGGCACUGACGGGAGCCAAACUCGCGCUCGCUUCGUCGACACGUCUUGGCUACUUCGCCAAGGUCAUUCUCGUCUAUGCAGCACCGUGGUGGACGAAUGCCGGUCUCGCGGGACUCGCGCAUUCAUUCAACACCACCUCGGACGGAAAAUCGAGCAACGGCAGCGGACCGAUCACGCUCAUUCGAGACACGUCAGACGCUGAAAGCGGCGUGUACGCACUGACGUGCUUCGUCCUCGCCAACGUGGGCCGCGAAUGGUCGAAACUGCCCGCGGCGCAGCGACGGAAAGAGGCGCUCGAACAAGUCGUGCAGAUCUAUCCGGACGUCGACGCGGAAUUGAUCCUCGGCCCCGUCGAGGUGUUCGAGCUGGAAUGGAGUAAAGAGGAAUUCAGCAAGGGAUGUCCGUGUCCCGUGACAGCGCCCGGUGUGAUGACCAGUGUGGGUCAUGCGAUUCGAGAGCCCUUUGGCAAUGUGCACUUCGUUGGCACCGAGACGAGUGUUGUCUGGAAAGGGUACAUGGAAGGCGCGGUAAGAAGUGGUGAGCGUGGGGCAUCGGAGGUCAUUGAGGCUCUCCAGACGCCGAAAAAGACGAGCGGGAAGAUAGCGGCGAGGCUGUAG